AUGAAACCACUGGUUGAAGAUUUGAAACUCCUAUACAAUGGUUACCAAAUGGAGAUUAAUGGCAUAGAGCAAGUCAUAUAUGGUAAAGUCCUGAUGUGUACUGGUGACACCCUUGGUCAACUUACUGGGCAGGAUUUAAAGAAGGUAGUUUGUGUUAAAUUGUUAAUGUCAUUAGGAAUGUACAGGACUCAAGAGUGUUUUUUUUUACCAGACGUAUGCAAGUGGAUAUUAGCAUCAUGAAAUGCAGUAUCCCAUCUUGUGUUAUCACUAGUUAGUGUUUAUUGAUCUAUUUGACAAACAACAACAAAAUACAGGUACAUAGAGUAAGGACUAACUGCCAAAAUGUUUUGAAAUUAACUGCAUUGGUAAUUUUAUUUAUUAUGAUAUUUAGCUAAUAUUCAUAUCCAUGUUUAAUUAAUAGUUAAUAUCCAUAUCUAAUAUGAUAUAUCUAUAUGGUUUGUAUCCAUACAGGAAACUCCAAAUUAUAAGCCCUGGGGCUACAGUGUAGUUGUUCAAAGCACAAUCAAUGCUAACCCUGGUUAAAAUUUAACCCACUGUUUUUGGUUUAAUAUGUAAUAUGUAUUCUGGAAGUCUGUUUAUUUCAAAACUUAAGAAAAUAAAACUUCAAUUAGUCUAGAUCAAAUUUCUGGAGCAUUAUUUCCAAGCUUGUAUAAAAGCAAUUGGGAAGUUUACUUUGAAUUUUACAUUAACCCAGGGUUAAACUAACCAGCUUUUGAACAACUGGCCCCUGGAUGGUUAUAAGGCUGUGUUAACCCAUUUAAGUGGCAAUGCACCCAAGUGAGCCCUGCCACCAGACAAUUUUAUUCGUCAAGAGGAGACCUUGCUGCUUAAUGGUUAAAUUAAUUAAUAUGACGAGAGUGUUGUACUGUACAAUAGGAUCUAUACCUUGGGAUCUCAUAAAUGUUUCUGAGUAAAAAUAGUGCAUGAAGAAUAUCUUCUCUUUCAGAUAUUUUAUAGUUCUGAAUUGUCUAUAGGAGGAAGAUACUGUUUAUAAAAUUGCUUCUGAUUAAAAUGAUAUUUUUGUUUGCUUUGAAGGCAUUGGUGCAGCAUUUCAGAAGUGCCAACAUUGCCAGUGUGCAUUCGAACAAAUGCAAACUGACUUCCAUGAGUCUGCUUUUAGUCUUCAAACCAAAGAAAGUUAUGAUGGCCAAUGUGAUGAGAUUGAACAAGCCCCAAAUGAGAACAUAAGGAAGGAUCUUCAGACCACUUAUGGAAUUAAUAAGAGAAGUAUACUUUGCCAGCUCCCCACCUUUGAUGUGACGAAACAGCUUCCCCAAGACACCAUGCACACAUUAUUGGAAGGAACUGUUCAAUAUGAAAUUCGUCUAGUUCUACUCCAUUACGUCCAAUCGGGUACAACCACUUUGUCACAAAUCAAUGGUGCAAUUACCAGUCAUAGAUAUGGCUAUUCUGAGAUUAGUGACAAACCAGAUCCUCUCAGAGAAACUGUAUUCUUUGGCGAUGAGCGAUACAAGCUUAAAUACAAGGUUGCACAAGCAAGAAUGUUUCUGAGAUUAUUGCCAUUCAUCAUUGGUCCUUUGGUCGAUUCAGAAGAUCCAUACUACCUAUUCUUGGUGGAGCUUAUCCAUAUUGCUCAACUGGUUUUUUCCCCAGUUAUAAAGAUUGGCACUAUCCACUACUUGAAGCAGAUAAUUGAUGAGCACCUUUCUAAUUUCAAGAAGCUGUUUCCCAAUUCAAAUAUAUUGCCGAAACAUCACUAUUUGGUCCACAUCCCAUCUACUAUCCAGCAACUGGGGCCAAUGGUUCGUUCUGCUUGUUUUAGUUUCAAGUCUGCCCACAGUUACUUUAAAGUGGUAGCUAGAAAGCAGAAUUUUAAGAACUUGCCACUGUCUCUCGCUAAACGUAACCAGUUUAAAGAAUGCUGCAACUUUCGUGAUUCUAGUGAAAGCCCAAGCUCUCACCCACUGUCCUCAAGUGAAAAGUUAGAGUUUUAAAGAAAGUGGAUGCAGAAAGUUGUCAAUUCCUUCAGGAAAAAUUUGAUGUCUCUAGCUUGCUACCUGGUAUUAGUUUAGCUAAUGCUUGCAAAGUGAGUUGGGUGGAGCUUUAUGGAACCAAGUACAAGAAUGCGGAUGUACUUGCAGUUGAUGCCCAUGGAGAUCCCAUUUUUCCUGUGUUUGGUGUCAUAUCAAUGCAUAUGGUCAGUGAACAAUUACGUUUAUUUCGAAGUGGAGUUGCUGCAAGCUGUCUGUUUUGACUACCUUCACUAGGCCUACCAGGUGACAAAGCUUGAUGGUGGAGAGAGUUGUGGAAGGGUUUUCUCGUACGAAAGCAUAGUGGAUUAUAAUGUUUUCCAUAUCAAGAAAGACCAUUAUGGUAACCAGUAUGUUCCAGUUAAAUAUGACAUUGAUGAUCUUAUGGAAGACCAUGUGGAAGGAAGAAAUCCUCUGAUGACAUAA